AUGAAGGCACCCCUGUGGACCCUGGUGCUGUUGCUGUGCCUGUGUGUGCCACGACCCUGUGUCUGCCAGAGAGACUGUUUCUCCUGUGGGAAGCUCUUUCCCCAACACCACACCUUCAAUUUGCUGGUUUGUUUGGUGGCAUGUGAGGACAAGGUCUCCCCAGUGCUCACCUGGGAUCUGUGCCGACAGGCAGCUGAGCAGCUGCAGUUGCCCUCCCGGCCAUUGGGGUGCGAAAAUCUGACAGGCCAGGAGGAGGCUCAGGCCCUACUGCCAGCAGACCUGGGGGAUGGUGGGUUGCUGUACUCAAAGGCUCUGGACCGCUUUCGUCAUGUGGUGCAGACCCUGAGUGCUGACCAACCAGGCAGAGAGAGGCAAAUGGCCAAGCUCAGCUCUGCAUUCCGUUCCCAGCAGCUUGGACCUGCUGAGGAGGAAGGGUUGGAGGAGCAGGAGGGAGAUGAGCAGAAAGAGGAGGUAGAAGCUGAGGUGGGUGCUGAGCAUGAGGGGGCUGCCAUGAGAUUUUCCAAGCGCUUUGUGGGAUUCCUAAAAGGCAAGCAUGGAUACAGAAAGCUGAUGGAACCUGGGCGGCCCCUGUACAAGCGCUAUGGUGGCUUUAUUGGGAUCCGCAAGUCGGCCCGCAAAUGGAACAACCAGAAACGCUUCAGUGAGUUCCUCAAGCAGUACCUGGGCAUCAGCAGCCACUCCAGCAAGUACAACAGCCUCUCAGCAGAUUUCAACCGACAGAAUGAAGUGUAACAGCCAACUGGGGUCCCACCCCCAAAGCCACUAAUAUCCCCUUCCUUAACUCAAAACAACAGUCAAUCUUACAAAUUGAAAGUUUACAAUUGUCUUGUUUUUUUUAUUAAUUAAUUAAUUUAAAUUCCAUCCGAUUUAUAAAUUCUUUAAAAAUACUGUUUGAAUAAUUUUUUAAAAAACAUCCAAAGCUUUCUGUCACAGUCAGUAUGAAGAUAUUAGAAGCCCACACUGUAGCAUUGUGUAGAUACAACUGAUUACCCCUCCAA